ACACACACACACACACACACACAUUGCACUUCCCCCCUCUCAUCACACAGAAGAAGAGCCACACACCCACACACACACAUCCACACUCAAACACACACCCAUAUUCCGAGUCAGUGGAUCUAGAUUCUCUCUCUCUGCCUGUCUUCCUGUGUUUCUGUUGGAAGAUGCUCUGCUGGGAGUUGUGUCUGACCCUGCUCCUCUGGGCUCGUCCUGCGAGGACCAUCCCUUCCACCAACGUCAAGAUCACACACGCCUUCCCCCUACAGUUGCCAGAACCAGGCCUUCCCGUCACCUGUCCAUUGUUCUGGACUGAGUUCGAAGGUCACUGCUACCGUUUUUUCCCUCUGAACCGUACCUGGGCCGAGGCUGACCUGUACUGUGCUGAAUUCUCCAACGGUCUCAAGUCUGCCAAACUCACCUCCGUACACAGCUGGGAGGAGAAUGUGUUCGUCUACGAUCUCGUCAACAGCCGUAUCCCAGGGAUACCAACAGACAUAUGGAUCGGCCUUCACGACAGGAGACAGGAGGGCACUCUGGAGUGGACCGACGGCAGUAACUAUGGAUACAGCUACUGGGAUGGCAACCAGCCUGACGACGGCAUACACCGCAUCCCCGAAGAGGAAGACUGUGUCGAGAUCUGGUACAGGCAGAACAGCGCACUGAGGUCCUGGAAUGAUAACAGCUGUGACAAAGCCUUUCCCUUCGUGUGCAAGAUUCCCACAGUGGACAACUAGACCUCUGGGGUCCAGCACACACACACACACACACACACACACACACACACACACACACACACACACACACACACACACACACACACACACACACACACACACACACAGAGCCCCACUGAAAACAAUGAUAUUGGGGAACUUGCUGCUGUUGUUGCCUUCUCCUUCCUCACCCCUCCCUCUCUUCUUCUCCUCCCUCCUCCCUCCCUUUCUUCAUCUCCUCCCCCAACCCUCCCUCUCUUCU